AUGCAAAUUAAUUUUUUUUAGUCUUAAAUUCACAUUUUAGUUUAGAGGUGCGUAUACUUGCAUUUUUUAGUCUUUGCAAAUGCUCUUUAGAUAGGAAUGAAUAGUAUUUACCUCUAGUAGCUCAUAGAAGUAUUAAAAGAAUAGAGCUAACAUUAUUGUUUAAUGCUUCUUUAUAAUGUUAAUUAUUUGGCUUUAGAUAUGUAUAAUUAUCUAAAUUCUUCGAUGAAAUAUUAAAAGAUGUCUGAAUUUCUGAUGAAUUGA